AUGUCAUUUUACGCCAAAUUGGACGAGAAGGCACCAAGCAUUCUUGACUCGGUGGAUAAUCCCGAAGGCUAUGACGGGUUGCUCCAAUACGGAAAAUCGAAACUUCUCCUGACAAUGGGUGUGUCGAAGCUGGCUAAAGCUGUGAGCGCCGACGACUGCAUUAUCAACGCCGUCAAUCCAAGUGCCGUUAGAGGUACUGCUCUCAUGCGCGAGGCAGAGACGCUUGUACCUAAGAUCAUUAUUGGACUUUCCAACGUUAUUUUGGGUCGUAACCUGGUCGAUGGAACCAGGCAGUACCUACAUUCUGCGCUAGUGCUCGGGAAGGAUAGCCACGGCUCUUUUUGCGACUGGAAGAUCAGACCGUAUCCUCCCUAUAUGUAUACUGAAUCUGGUCGUCAGAUAACAACGAAGCUAUGGGACGAGACGCUGAAGGAACUCCAAUUUGCUGAUGCGGGAAAUGUUUUAGAAUCAUUGAAGAGUUAUAUGUAG